AUGUCUACUUCCGCCAUCAACGCGAGUACAAGACCAAAAGACUGCUUGUCAUGCAGAGUAAUCGGAACUACCACUCUUACUGGUGUUGGGGGCUAUGCAUUGUGGCAGUCUCGAACCAUCGCUGCUGGCACACCCUUACAGAAAAGACUCAUGAGCGGCGUUGGUGUCGCUCUUAUCCUGGGAGGAGGAUACAGAUGGUUCAACUGA